GAUCUUUCCAGUCGCAUGCCGAGCGUGGAGACGUAUCAUGUCUAACGAUUCUGCUGAUUACAACAGCGACCAUGUGGGGCCAGAUGGAAUGGAGCCAGAUGGUGUCAUCGAGAGCAACUGGAAUGACAUUACGGACAACUUUGAUGAUAUGAACCUGAAGGAGACUCUUCUCCGGGGAAUUUAUGCAUAUGGUUUUGAGAAGCCUUCAGCCAUUCAACAGAGGGCUAUUAUCCCUUGCAUUAAAGGCUAUGAUGUCAUUGCUCAAGCCCAGUCAGGCACUGGCAAGACGGCCACGUUUGCCAUCUCUAUCUUGCAGCAGCUGGACAUAGAGCAGAAGGAGACUCAGGCUCUGGUCUUGGCUCCCACCAGAGAGCUGGCUCAGCAGAUUCAGAAGGUCAUUCUGGCUCUUGGCGACUAUAUGGGGGCAACCUGCCACGCCUGCAUUGGAGGGACCAAUCUCCGCAGUGAGAUCCAGAAGCUUCAGGCCGAGGCCCCGCACAUAGUUGUUGGCACACCGGGUCGAGUGUAUGACAUGCUCAACAGGAGACAUCUGUCCCCAAAAUGCAUCAAGAUGUUUGUUCUGGAUGAAGCUGAUGAGAUGUUGAGUCGAGGUUUCAAAGAUCAGAUAUAUGAGAUCUUCCAGAAACUGAGUACAAACAUUCAGGUUGUGCUGCUAUCUGCCACCAUGCCUACAGAUGUGCUAGAGGUGACUAAGAAGUUCAUGCGGGACCCCAUCCGCAUCCUGGUGAAGAAAGAAGAGCUUACCCUUGAGGGUAUUAAGCAGUUCUACAUAAAUGUGGAGCGGGAGGAGUGGAAGCUGGACACCCUGUGUGACCUCUACGAGACUCUGACUAUUACACAGGCUGUGAUCUUCCUCAACACUAGAAGAAAAGUGGACUGGCUGACUGAGAAGAUGCAUUCAAGAGACUUCACAGUUUCUGCCCUGCAUGGUGAUAUGGACCAGAAGGAGCGUGACGUCAUUAUGAGGGAGUUUAGGUCUGGCUCAAGCAGAGUGUUGAUCACUACUGAUCUGCUGGCUCGGGGGAUCGAUGUGCAACAAGUGUCCCUAGUCAUCAACUAUGACCUACCUACCAACCGAGAGAACUACAUUCACAGAAUUGGUCGCGGUGGCCGCUUUGGCAGAAAGGGAGUUGCUAUUAACUUUGUUACUGAAGAGGACAAGAGGAUUCUGCGCGACAUUGAGACAUUUUACAAUACUACAGUGGAGGAGAUGCCCAUGAAUGUGGCUGACCUCAUUUGAGCCUUUUGGUUUUCCUUUAUAAAACGCAGUGAUAAUUGACUGUACACUUUCAUUGUGCUUAUUAUUCCAGGGGGUGAGGGAGCGAUGCUAAACCUUGGAUCAGAAUAUUUCCGUCAGGGGAUUUGUAUGGUAGUCCCUCUUGGACAAUUGUAGACUUUGAACCGUCAUGGUUUUGGCUGGUUGAAGCUACAAAGCCAUGGGGUCUGUAAUUGUGGUCCUUUUCAGGCAUUUCUUUUCAUGUUCUAUUAUAAUGCAUGUAUUCGAUGUGCUCCACCAUUUAGUAACCUACCUGUGGACUAAAAGGUAUAAGUGCUGUAUAAAGUCUGCAAAUUCUGUUAUGCUAACAUGUGCGAUGUGUUGUGAGCCUGCUUACCAGGGGUACUUGCCACAGUAUUAUAUAUUAUAGUAGAUUUUAUAUUUGCUUUUUUGUGAAUCUAUUUAAAUGUAUUGUUUUCAUCCUUCUUGCUGUCAGGAUUUCUCAGUUUGGCCAUAGUUUGAUGGGGUUUCGCUCAUGAUAGAUUAUAUUAGCAUUUUCAGGUAUAUACACACACACACCUCCCCUGUACUACUUUUCAGAUCUCCUCUCAAAUUGUAUGAAUGUCUUAAUAAAUGAAAAUUGCUGUUAAA